UCUCUAAAUCCCUCUGCAAUAUCAAGAAGCUCUCUCACCGGUUAAAAGUUCCGUCACCGGGGAUUACAAUGGUUGAAUCUCCGGUAAACGAAGUAAUUAUUCUUUGAUAGAUCUUUUUUAUUUCUUUUAAACUUGUGUGUAAGAAAUGAUUGAUCCGUUUAUUGUGAUUCACGUUCGAUCCAGAAUUUGGUUCCACAAGAGGAAAAAAGUCCCUUCAUCUUUGCUUUUGUUUUGCCCUUAAUCUCAUUUGAAACGGUGAUUAUCGACUCUGGCGGUGGUGUUGGCUCUUUUUUUGGGGGUGGGUGUACGGCUUCGGUGUCAAAUUGUUGGUUUGGGAGUUCGAUCUUUAAAACUGGGAAAGAUGAAUAUAAGGGUGGCCGAGGAAGAAUCGGCGCAAGAGAAUAAUAUACCGGCCGAUAUUGAUUGGGAAAUGCUCGAUAAAUCCAAGUUUUUCUUCUUAGGUGCAGCUCUCUUUUCAGGUGUUUCGGUCACCCUUUACCCUAUAGUUUUGGUUAAAACGAGGCAACAAGUGGUUCAAUCUCAACUUUCUGGUAUCCGAACCGCCUUUUCCAUUGUUAAACACGAAGGUUUGAGGGCUUUAUACCGCGGAUUCGGUACUUCUUUAAUGGGAACAAUCCCGGCUCGAGCUCUUUACAUGGCAGCUCUUGAGGUUACCAAAAGUAAUGUAGCCAGUGCCACGGUUAAGUUGGGUGUUCCGGAAACAACCGCGGCGGCAAUUGCUAACGCUGCUGCCGGAUUAAGCGCUGCAAUGACUGCACAGCUUGUGUGGACCCCGGUCGAUGUUGUAAGCCAGAGGUUAAUGGUUCAAGGAACCCACCCGAGCUGCAGUUCACCUCGUAGAUAUGUAAAUGGGAUCGAUGCGUUUAGGAAAAUAGUUGGAACGGAUGGUCCAAAGGGGUUGUACAGAGGCUUUGGGAUAUCGAUCUUAACGUAUGCUCCAUCGAAUGCAGUGUGGUGGGCAUCUUAUUCGGUAGCUCAGAGGCUCGUUUGGGGAGGCAUUGGAUGCUACAUUUGGAAGAAAGAUGAUGAGAGUAAUAAUAGUAACACGAUCAGGCCGGAUACGAAGACGGUCAUGGCUGUUCAGGGAAUAAGUGCAGCCAUGGCCGGAGGGGUAUCAGCUUUGAUUACAAUGCCACUGGACACCAUCAAGACUAGACUGCAAGUCCUGGAUGGGGAAGAGAAUGGGAGGCGUGGACCAACAGUUGGCCAAACUGUUCGGAAUUUGAUUAAAGAAGGUGGAUGGUUGGCUUGUUAUAGAGGACUAGGGCCGAGGUGGGCGUCAAUGUCCAUGUCUGCUACAACAAUGAUCACUACUUAUGAGUUCUUGAAACGGCUCUCAGCUAAGAACCAGGAUAGCUCCAUGUAAUCGUUUAUUUUGCCUUCUAAUGUUUUUUCUUCUUUCUCACUUGGCCUGCUGGUGAAUGUAAAUCUGGGUGCAACUUCUUUUUAAUCUGAAAUAACAACAUAAAUCUUUUUAUUUCUUUUC